AUGAAGUCCAGUGCAAUAAUAUUUUUGUGCCUAAUAGGACUUUCCUCACAGCGAUCGACUCCAGAAGAUAACAGUUACGUUGCAGCCGUGGUGGCGUACGAACUGCAGUCUAACUCAGCCACUAAUUUACAAAAUUACAUGAAUAUAAUAGGAGAUGCUGCUGAGCAGAAUGCUGAUAUCAUAGUGUUUCCUGAACUAGCGAUCUCCAAUCGCGAGACCGUAGUUGUGCCAAUCAAUGGCUUGCUCAAGGAACACCCUAUUCCAGCGUUACAACCGGAAUUAUUUGGCGAAGUCUUGGUAUCAAUAUCGUCAGCUGCGCGGCAUCAUCAGAUAUAUGUAGUGAUUAACGUACAAGAGUUUUUAAAUUGCACUAUAGAGGCAACCGGGGAAAACUGCCCUGAGAAUAAAAAUUACGUGUUUAACACCAACGUUGUGUUUGAUAGGGCUGGUGCAGUUAUCGACAGAUAUCGCAAGAUAAAUCUCUUCGGUGAAGUCAAUCGUACGGCCACUUUGACUCCAGACUUGGGUAUCUUUACUACAGAUUUUGGUAUCACUUUUGGUCACUUCAUCUGCUUCGACAUAAUGUACCAAGUGCCAGCGGUACAAGUCGUGCUAAAGUAUAAUGUAACUGAUGUCAUCUUCACUACCAAGUGGUACUCCGAAAUGCCUUAUUUAACCGCUGUACAAAUCCAAGAGGCGUACGCGUACGUAAUGAAUGUGAACUUUUUAGGGGCUGGUGCGAACAAUGUGCGAGUUGGAAAUGGAGGUUCAGGAAUCUAUUCGGGAAAAGCUGGAGCUUUAGUUAGCAUUAUGCCAGGAAUAUCAACAACGAAAUUACUUGUGUCUCGAGUACCCAAAGUACCUGGUCAGGUGGAAGGUGACUACCCAGGACCAAUGAACGACGGUCCCUUAGUGUUAGACAGUUUAGUGCUGAGAAGUGAUCCCUCUCUACCAUCGUACGUCACGCGUCUUAUUAAGCCAGGUCUCGAGGAAUUCACGCUGAUAGACAAAGACGUUGUUUGCCGAUUUAAAAUACAUAUGAGUGAAAGACAUAGUGACACGAAGUAUACAUACAGAGCGGGAGCCUUCAGCGGAGUACGGUCAUAUAUCGGCGAAGCGACGGGAGGCAGCAGAGUCUGUUCCGUGUUCGCUUGCACCGGAAAUAAUAUCGACACUUGUGGGAAAAGAUUCCCAAGAUUUUCAUCAAAUACGACCGCAGUUUUUGAAGAGCUUACAAUAACAGCAACAGUACCAACCCCAAAACCAAAUACAGACCUUUCAGCGAACAGUGCAACUUAUUUUCCUUUGUCUCUUGACAAGACUAUUAAACCAUUAAAACCUGAGUAUUUCAAUUUUAACUCAGUAUCAUUUUUCGACUCAUUAUCAAUUUACACGUUGAAAUUGGUCAAGUCUGCACCUGAUUUAUAUUCUUUCGCUAUUUGGGGAAGAGAGUAUACUACCGAUGAUGAGGAGAUAUCGCCGCCAAGAGAACACGUUGAAGGAGCUGAUGACAGUUCAGGAAUCUAUUCGGGAAAAGCUGGAGCUUUAGUUAGCAUUAUGCCAGGAAUAUCAACAACGAAAUUACUUGUGUCUCGAGUACCCAAAGUACCUGGUCAGGUGGAAGGUGACUACCCAGGACCAAUGAACGACGGUCCCUUAGUGUUAGACAGUUUAGUGCUGAGAAGUGAUCCCUCUCUACCAUCGUACGUCACGCGUCUUAUUAAGCCAGGUCUCGAGGAAUUCACGCUGAUAGACAAAGACGUUGUUUGCCGAUUUAAAAUACAUAUGAGUGAAAGACAUAGUGACACGGCGCCAUAUUACAGAGCAUUG